AUGAAGCUGCUUGAUACUCCCAUAAAAAAUUUACUUGACACACCCCUCAAAACGCAAUAUGACAUUGCGUCCUGCCACUGUGUUGAACAAAUCAGUGAAAAGGAUGAAGGUCCAUACUACACUCACUUGGGUUCUGCUCCCAGUGUACAAGGAAUCAGACAACUGAUGGAGAAAAGGUCUGGUCUAACAGGGAGAGCAAUAAGAAUUGAAAAGGUGAUCUAUACUGGCAAAGAAGGAAAAAGUACACAGGGUUGUCCAAUUGCUAAAUGGGUGAUCCGAAGAUCCAGUGAUGAAGAGAAAUUAUUAGUUUUAGUGCGUGAGCGAAAUGGCCAUCGCUGUGAAUCAUCCUGCAUUAUUGUAGCACUGCUAGUAUGGGAAGGUAUAACACGAAGUCUUGCAGAUUCUCUCUACAAUGAAUUAAGUCAAACACUGACCAAAUAUGGUGCUCACACACAAAGACGCUGUGCUCUAAACGAAGAGAGAACUUGUGCAUGUCAAGGUUUUGACCCUGAGUUUAGUGGAGCCUCUUUCUCAUUUGGCUGUUCCUGGAGCAUGUACUACAAUGGCUGCAAAUUUGCUCGGAGCAAGAUCCCGAGAAAAUUUAAAUUACUUGGGGAUGACGUGAGAGAGGAAGAAAGGCUGGAAAAUAACUUUCAAAAUCUGGCAACAUUACUAGGUCCAUUGUAUAAAACUAUGGCACCAGAAGCAUACAGUAACCAGGUUGAACAUGAACACAGAGCAACAGAUUGUCGACUUGGACUCAAAGCAGGACGACCCUUCUCUGGAGUCACAGCUUGUAUGGAUUUUUGUGCUCAUGCUCACCGAGACCUCCACAAUAUGCAGGGUGGCAGCACUGUGGUAUGCACACUAACCAGGGAGGAUAACCGUGACAUUGGAAAAAUCCCAGAAGACGAGCAGCUCCAUGUCUUGCCUCUUUACAAGGCUUCCAGAACGGAUGAAUUUGGCAGUGAGGAAGGUCAGCAGGAAAAGGUCAAGACUGGAGCUAUCCAGAUCCUCCAUGCUUUCCGUCGGCAGGUGCGCAUGCUGGCAGAACCGGCUAAGUCCUGCCGACAAAAAAAGCUGGAAGCCAAAAAAGCAGCUGCUCAGAAGAAUGCUCUACUCGAAAGCGAAAAAGCUGAGAAAGCCCUUCAUGUCAAAACAAAAAAUGAACAUAAUGAGAACACUGCUUUAAAAGGAGGGAAUGUACCAGGAGUAAUGGGAGCAUGUAUGGAUUCAGGUAAAUGCAGACUGCCAAAUGCCAUCGCCAUCAUUAGCUGUACACAAUGCAAAUGCUUUGGCAGCAGGAAUCAAACAAGAGGCUGGAUUGCCGCAGACACCUACGACACCUCAAAAACCCGAAGUAUGGUCAGACAAUGA